AUGACAGUAUCUAAAAGAAUACUUGAUAGUGCUAUUGAUGGUGGUAGCAAAAAGCCACGUUUAAUCACAGACUUCUUUGCUAGGUCGAAAGAAAAGACAAAAAGUAAUACCACUGAAAGUAGUAUUAAAAGUAGUACUACUGAAUACAAUACCGAAAGUGCUACCACUGACAAUAAUACGACUAAAAGUACGACUAAAAGUGAUUCUGACUCUGACUACAACGAUUUUUGUGCUAAACACAAUUUCAAUAAAGAAGAAUGGAUUAAUCUGCUCAGUGAAGAAGAGCGGUCACUUUUAAGUACGGAAAUAGACCAUCUUCAUAUUAGUUGGCUAGUGUUUCUUCACAAGAGGAUCAGAACACCUCAAUUCCUUGAACUUAAACGGUUUCUAGCUCAUCAGAAACAAGCCAAAAUCACUGUGUUCCCACCUGAAAAUCAAAUCUACUCUUGGUCUCAUUAUACUCCCGUUGACAAAGUCAAAUGCUUAGUUUUGGGCCAAGAUCCUUACCAUAACUUCAACCAAGCUCACGGGUUAGCAUUCUCAGUCUUGGAACCCACAAGACCUCCACCAUCAUUACUUAACAUUUAUAAGACCAUUAAAAUCGACUACCCGCAGUUUGUUAUACCUGAUUACAAGACCAUCCCGGGAGGAGGAGGCGGUAACUUAACCCAAUGGGCCAAGAGAGGUGUGCUCAUGUUAAACGCCUGCUUAACUGUGGAAGCCCAUAAGGCCAAUAGCCAUGCUGGGAAAGGAUGGGAGUCUUUUACUGAAGACGUGAUUAAAACGGCCAUUGAGUUUCAUCAAGAUCGUCAGGGGUUCGUUAUUAUGGCUUGGGGGUCUCCAGCACAAAAGAGAGUAGGUAACUUCCAACGUCAAUUGAAUGCCAACCCUAAUAAGUUCUUGGUGCUCAAAAGUGUCCAUCCUUCACCUUUAAGUGCCAGCAGAGGGUUCUUUACGCUGAAGGUGUUUAUACGUUGCAAUGAGUGGCUUGAGAAACAGAAAAAGAGUAAAAUUGACUGGGGUUUAAUGGAGGGGAAUGUUGUAGAGUAA